UUUUUCCUUUCCCCAACCAACAUAAUAUUAUAUCUGGAGUGUAUCAUCAAGAUGGCAAAGAAGAACAAGACGUCCAAGGCGGCGAAGAAGGCAGAGAAAAAGGGCCAGCGUAAAGAGAAAGAAGUCAAGAAAACAUCAUCUGUUCUCGAAGAGGUGGAGGCAAUGUCAUCAAGCGACGAAGAGCCUUUGGAACAGAACAACAAGAACUGGAAUGCCAAGGCGAAGGCGCUAAAGGAAAUGAUCGAAAGUGGAUCCUACGACAAACUGGUUGCAAAAGGCAAAGCUGAAAAGGACAGUAAAGACGACAACGAUGAUGAUGAUGAUGAAUCUAUCGAAGAAGUGGUUCUUGAUGACGAGGAGGACAAUCAGAAGAAUAAAGGCAACAACAAACGAAAGCGUAAAAACACCAAAGAAGCAGAAACCAAAGACUCUGAUGGACAAGAACAUAGUGAAGAAUCAGAACAGUCAGACGAAGAGGAAAUGGAAGAUGAAGAGGAUCCCGAGGAACAGCAACAAAAAUCAAAACGGGAUCAGACAGAAGAAGAAGAAAUUGAAUCUGAGAAUAGCGAAGAAGAAGAAGACAAUGACGAUGAGCAUGGUGUCUUUGAUACAAAUUCCAAAGCCUUAUCGGCCAAAACGGCACAACUCCAAGCAGAAAAGGGAACUUUCCCUUGGGCAGAACGCUUUGAUGUGGUUCCCUCUGAACCUCUUCCCUUUGGGAAAGCGGACGAAGACACUGGCAACAAAAUUGACAUUCACGAUGAUCUCAACAGAGAGGUUGCAUUCUAUGACGUUGCCUUGGAGGCUGUGCAAUUAGCUCGGACAAAGUGCAAACAGGCAGGGAUUCCCUUUGCAAGACCUGAUGAUUUCUUUGCAGAAAUGGUAAAAACAGAUGACCACAUGGCUCGGGUGAAGGAUCGUCUCAUUUUUGAAAACAAGAAGAUUGAGGCUGUGGCACAAAGAAAGUCGAAUAAAGAGCAGAAACUACGAUCCAAAGAAGCUCACUCCAACAAGAUAGCAGAGAAAGCGCGUAGAAAGAAGGAUAAUAUGAACUUUGUGGAUGAUUGGGCCAAAGGUGCCGCCUCGAAUCGUGGAGGAAAAUACAAUGAUCAGGAUGACCAAGUGUACCUCCGAAAGAUGCAAGGCAGAGACAACAAUGGGCCCAAUAAGAAACGAAUGGCUGCCAACAAAAAGUACGGCUUUGGUGGAAAACGUGGACGAUUCAAGCAAAAUGAUCCCAAGUCCAUGAAUGAUAUGUCUGGAUUCAAUCCCAAGGGGAAUUUCGGUGGGAUGGGUUCCAAACGGCAUGGCAAGCGAGCACGUGAUGCGACAAGAAAGCGCCAGAAAACUAGCUAGAUUUCGAUAGUUCUACUAGUACGGUACACGGUGAACCGCAUGACUGUAGAAACCACCACGAAGCGAGAUCUGCAGUUUGAAGCAACAAGUCCAACUGCGAGGCAGCAAAACAAUCGAGAGGGGUAACUGGUGACGACAGUCAGGCAAAGCAAACUGAACAAUCAAAUGCCAUCUAGUUUAUUGUUGCUACCGAUACCUCGCCCGUGUGACUCAUAGUUGUUCUUACUGCCGAAUUUUGUUUUCCUUUCCCUGCUGCCGUUUUCCGACGGCACCCUUGGAAUUUUGCCCCACCAGGGCAGCAUAGGUUAACGUAUUGAUUGUUUUGCGCCACGACUCUUGACUCGGACUGAGAUGAGCCAUCAUGACCGCCUUGUUAUCAAGGUGGCGACGGAGCAUCAUGGUCAGUUUCGAAUCGCGAUAGGGCACAUGAUUGGUGCCUUUUCCUUUGGCAUUGUUGUUGAGACUACGAAUCAUUUCCUUUACGGCGAGCAAACUCUUAUUGAUUUCGGCUGCCUCUUCCAUUUCUUCCUUGGUAGAACCGGCAGCAUCUCGCGCAUAUUCAUUUCCAGCCAAGUCACAAAACACCAGGGUUCCUCCCAAGUUUUUCUCCAACUUGGCAACGCAUUGUUUGGAUUCCUUCACGAGAGUUUCAUACUGCAGAAUUUCUUUGCGUAAUUUUGUGGGUGCAUUGCCGUCCAUGUAAGGCUUGGUCCAUUUCGGCAUGGGCCGAUCCAAGUGCUUGCCAAACGAUCUUUCGGUCUGUAACCAUUUGAGGCGUGUCAAGUGUGCAUCUCGGGUCAUCAACAAGUUUCGCUGCUCCACAAGUUCUGCCGUGACAACUUCCAAUUCCACCACCAGGUGCGAUCGAGAAGAUUGACUGUGAUGAGUGGAGAUUCCGACACGACGACUGGCCACAGCGGCCUCGACGCAGUCCACCACCUCUGGUGCCGUGGAACAGAGUUUUCCCAGCGGCAGUUGAUCGAUACGUCCCAGAUCAUCUUCUUUCAUGGGACCUCGCACUUGAACAACGCCCUUUCCAUCUUGACGAAUAGAGCACUGUUCCUUUGUCAACAAAUCAUGUACUGUAUCCUUGUACAGUUCUGAAACACGAACCAGUAGCAUCAUUUUGCCAUUAUCAUCAUUAUCCGCCAGUUGCUCCAACAUCUCUGCCGCUGCAAAUUUGUAGACACCCAAUUCGUCGUCAUAUCCCAACAGCGUAUGACUCUUUCCAGAGCCAGUGUGUCCAUAGGUAAACACACAGGCUGACAAGUUGGGUUGCUCCGCUACCGCUGUCACCAAAGGUUGAAUGGUGGCCUGAUAGACCUGUUCGUUGUUCUUGUCAUCCUUCAAGAUUUUGUUAAAACCAUCAAAGCUCUUCCACUGAUCUUUGCGGCGUCGUAGAGGGGGAGCCCCGGCAAACACAGGAUUGAUUUUUGCUGGUGCUUCUUCUUGGGACGGCUGUUUGAGUUGGAACUGACUUUGGCGAUCAUUGGUCUUGAACUCAAUCACCUCGUGGCCCUCCUCUUCGGGGAUCAAGGGUCGCAAGCGGACAAAGACUUGGACUGGGGGUCCUGUCUUGCUGCUGGCAGCUGCAUCCUUGUUGUUGCUGCUGCUCUUGUUGUUGCUGGUUGUUGCUCCAGCUACGGUUGCCAUGGUGCAAAAGAAAACGAAAAUGAGGAGAAAGUCCUUGCUUGGUGUCCCGUGAGCUCGU